CCGCUGUCAAAACUCAACUGUCAGUUUCAGGCCUUUAAUCAAAAAAAAUAAUAAUAAAAACCAUAAACAAAAACCAGCUUAAAAUUUACCAAAUUUUUUCAUAAGUAUUUACAAUUUCCCAUCGAUUUUAACCUCGUCCCUUUCCACCCACCAUGAUGGAUCUCCUGGAGGAAAUAACCGACGAGAGUGAUCACGAGCAGCAGCAGCAGCAGCAGCAGGAGAGUCCCCGGGGGUACUACACCAGAGCCAAAAGGCGACGACUGUCGGAGCAGUUCCCGCAGGAUAGAGAGGACGCCUCCUCUUCCUCCUCCUCCUACAGGGUUCCGGAGGUCAGCAAGAGGAAGAACCCGAUCAUGUUCGUGCCCACGGAGGUUCUGCAGAGUAUAUUCAAGCAUUUGACUUACCACGAAUUAAGUUCGAAGGUGAGGCUGGUCAACAGGAGAUUCAAAAUUGUAGCGGAAGAUCUACUGAAUCUGGGUUAUAAAAGGAUACAGAGGAAAUUUAGGGCCCUGAUCGCGUCUACGGAAGUGGCCCUACGCUGUAUAGAGGACGACAUGGAGACUAAAUGCAUCGCCAGGCUGCUCUCCUUAUUGGAAGUUUUAAAUUUACAGUACGCCGUGGUACUUUCGACCAUAUGGCGGUACGUCUACAACGACCUUUACAAGUGCAAGUCGACCUGCAUGUACGCCGGCUUAAUCAUAGACACCCACGAGGCUUUUUUCUGGAAAUUCGUACAUUGUCCGAACCAGUUGUACUCGCCGGCAGUCAUCAAGGAGUAUACUUAUCCCCCGGAAGUGACGAAAAUCAUCCAGAUGAUUUUUUAUUAA